GUAGCAGGCCGGCGAGCAUAUAUACCCGAUCUAGCUCGUCGUGUGGACGGUUAUGGCGGCAAUGGCGAAGCCAAAGGCAACGACGACCUCCAUUGUUCUGGCUAUGGUGCUAGUCCUUGCGACGGUGUCCCUGGUCGCGGGGUCUAAAGGACUCGCGACUUACUACACCCCAAGCUACACACCUUCGGCUUGCUACGGGAACCAGGACAUGGGCACGAUGAUCGCGGCGGCGAGCGAAGUCUUCUGGAACGGCGGCAAGGCCUGCGGCGACCGCUACGUGGUCAGCUGCAAGGGCGCCACCAACGCCGGCGUGCCGCACCCGUGCACCGGCCGCUCCGUCACCGUCAAGAUCGUGGACCUCUGCCCUUCCCCCGGCUGCCAGGGCACCAUCGACCUCUCGCAGGAGGCCUUCGCCAUCAUCGCCAACCCGGACGCCGGCAAGGUCGAGAUCGAGUAUCACCGGAUCUGAGUUUCGCAAGGCGACGAUCGAAUCUGAAGCAGGAGUGUUAUGCUGUCAAAGAGUAAAAU